AUAGUGAGUAGUCAAAGGCGAAACAACCCAUAAGUAAAGGGCUGAAAUAGCAGACAGUUAACCAGUCCAUAAUAAAUAAUGUAAACCAUGGUGGCUCUUUAAAAAGUUAAAAUGAUCUUGUGCCAGCAAGCUUUUAAAGUAUAGUUCUAGAUCUAGAUUCUAGCUCUAUCUAUUAGAUCUUACUAACAGCCGAUAUAAAUGGAAAGCAGUAGCAGUUAUUUCGGGAUGGAGGAUGAGGUUGUUGAUGAGGAGUGGUAUGAAAAGAAUCUUCAGCUGGCUGCAGAGCUAGGCAAAGCUUUAUUGGAAAAAAACAGGGAGCUGGAAUCACAAGUUGUCCAGCUUCAGAAUCAAAACCAAGACCAAACUUUAGAAAUUCAGUACUUAAAAUCUCAGCUGGACACCAUGAGAACAAUGACAGAAUCUAGAAAUAGAAUCUACGAGGAAGUUGAUAGGACAGCACAGGAUUUGGAGAAGAACAAUCAGAGAUUAAUCAUGGAGGCCAGAGCGGAUAAACAGAAGAUUGAAAAGCAGUCAGCAUUAAUCAAUCUGCUUGAAGAGAAAGUGGAUGACCUACAGAAAAAACUUGAUGACCUGAAAGAGGCAGAGAAGAAGAAGGUCAGCAAGAAAGCCCCAGAGAAACGCAGGACCUCCAGUUUGAAUAGGUUGAGCCUCAGUGACACCAAGGACCAACAUUCUGAAGUCUACUUUGAAAACUUGGCCUGGACACACUCUGACCAGUUUAAAAACCUUCCCCUGAAUCCAUAUGAGUUUGAAAUUAGGAAGCUUCAGGAAUCUAUUCAGAAAAUGAAAGUCCAGCAAACGAUUGACCGGAGAAAAAUGGAAGAUUUGGAAGUGGAAUGUUCAGUACUGGUGGAGGAAAAUCAAAAUCUGGAGAAGAAAGUCAAUGUUCUGGAAACAAAGUUGUCUGAGGCCAUAAUGAUACAAUAUGAGUUGGAAAGGGCAAAGUCCAGCCCUGACCCUGGGAUGACUAAAUUCGCUCCCGCUACAGAUAUCCACGGAGAGUUGCAUGAGACCGAGAACAAGCUGUUGAGUGAGCUGGAGCAUGAUGACCCAGAACUGAAGUCUGAAGCCAAGGCUGUUAAGCUGGAGUCUGGGGGAAGCUUAUACAGCAGUACAGAGUCCAUCAACAAAGUGGCCACUGACGCCAAGGAAAUCCAGGUUGGAGAAGAUGCCAGUUUGUCAAUACUAGAUGAACUGGAGUCUCAGUAUCAGUCUUUAUUUACUAAAUAUCAAGCAUUGAUUCAGACUAAAAACAAAAAAGGAGAUGAUGAUGACGGCUCCAGGCAGAGGCUGGCCCACAAAGAGGUUCAAACCCUGCUGCAUAUCACUCUGAACAGGGACUACUAUCAGGACGGUGGCCAUAUCCCUCCGUACAAGGCUCUUUUCAAGGACAUCUUUGCUACCCUGCGUAAGAACCGCAUAGAGGAGAACCCAGAUGCUGAUGCAGACAAGAGGAACUCAAUGUGCAGCCCCCUUACAUCUCCCUGUGUGGAUGGAGCCAAGGGCUUAAUUGACGGCAGAUAGAUCCUGAUAGUGAAAUCCAGGGUGGUUGUAUUUCUGUGUGCAUUUAAUGUAAGGAGUUGAACAAACAAAUCAAGUCAGAACUUCAAUGAAAAGAUGGAAUGGCUUAGGUAAGAGGGAUAACUCUAUGAUAAUAUGCUGUACAUAAUUCUAUGACCUUAAGUUUGGUUUCUAAAAAAAAAUAUUCCUUCAUUGAAUAUUUUUUUUAAAUAUUUAUUUUGUUUUCCUUUUACUGUAAAUGCCAGUAUAAUGUAUUCUGCUAGCAUUACUUCAGUGGGUAGUGUGUCAGUAUUAAAGACGCUCUUUUCCAAUAUUGUCUUUUUUAUUUUCUUUCCCACUCUAGGGAAUCGCUACUUUCAUAUAUUUGUAUAGCAGAUGUUUUAUUAUGACUGGCAGUAGUGAUGCCAACUUUGAGUUUCGUUCAACUUCAACUAAAAGUGUUUUAUUACAAUGUAUUAUAGUUUGUAUUAGUUUUUUCAAGAUUUUUAUAAAUUUGUAUUGGUGAUUUUUGUUUUAGCAUUGGUCAGUAAGUAAUCUUAAAUAUACAGGCAUUUCAUUCAUGUGUUUUUUUUUUACUACACAUUUAUGUUUUUUUUAGUUCUGUUUGGAAUUCUGUCAUGCAUCAUUGAAUUUUGUGCAAUAUGCUGCCUAUUAUUUGGCCAAAAUGUCUUUGUUCAUGUAUAAGAUGUAGUGAUGGCUGUUGAAGUAGGUCUUAGUUUUUAAAACAAAUCUCCUGUAAUCAGUGUACAUUUCUAUAGCUAUUGCUAAUGACACUUAUCAUUGAUUAGAUCUAGUAGUUGAGCACAAUCCUCAUGUUACUAUCUUCCACUCUUCAAAGAGAGCUAACCCUUGUGAUGUUCCAGGCUUUCAGGACUUCUUCCAAACAAAGCUACACUGACAUGUGACCAAAGAUUUUUACCUGCACCAAAAUGUUUGAAUUCUAGGAGUCAGGAUAAUUAGAAGUUAAGGGCGUUGUCCCUAAAGUUAUAGUUUUAAAACUUUCUUUUAUUUUUCACAAUAGUUAAAAAAAAUCAGUUGACUCAACAGAGUUGGUACUGAAUGAUUGAUAUCAUUUCUUAUAGAGCAGAUUGGUUUUGAAUCUGAUUUGUGUAUAGUUUCUAAUAGUUGGCCAUUCUACGUUAUCUAUGUGAAUCUCAUUCCAGAUAUGUAGAGACAAUAUUCGACCUUAAUAAUAACACUAUUAGUAUAAAAAUAAUGUACUUAGCUAAAUUUUAUCUUAAUAGUUUUAAGUAUUUUAGUGUCAACAAAAGAAAUGGAACUGAUAUUAUUUAUUUUCUGAGUUGUUAAUGGUAAUAGAAAUGUGAAACUAAAAUGUUGAUCUGAAUAGAAAUGUGAAUGUUUUUGUACUAAUGAAAUCCAAUUUGAAGUCUCAAACAAUUUCUUAAUUAGAGCAUCUUGAUGGAAGCUCAACUUCAGCAUUCGUUUUGUUUGGUGCUGUAGCUCUUUCACUUCAUGAUAAUCUGAUCACCAAUGAAAGUACAAAUCUAUUUCAGAAUGUCAAUGAUGGCUAACAUAAAGCAAUCUCUAAAGUCUGUGCUGAAUUAUUUCCUGGUACAUUAGAAACAAAAUGACAAAUUGUGUGUUUAGUUUUAGAGUGUAUUUCAGUUCUUUGACUUGACUGAGUACCAUGAAAUAUAGUUGGAUAGGGAAACAGGUCAUAAACUCACAUUCCUCACAUGCUUAGUGAACUAAUGUAUUCAGAAAAUCUUUGCAUUUACUUUAUCAAUAGGGGAACAAUUUGACCUGCUCUUAGAGAUCUCCUGAGUAAAUUCUUCUUUGUAACCAUUGUUUUUUCAUUAACCCUUAAAAUGCGUGUGGUAGUUUAGCCUCUAAACAUCAGAAUUGUAAUUCCAUUUUGAAUGCACUCAUUGUAAAACAACUCAGCACUUUAAUUAGCGAUACCAUCCUUGAUUUGACCCGAUUAAAUUCAAUUAAUUUUUUAUUUUAUCAACUUUAAUUUGUGUUAUAUAAAAAGAGCAUGCAUUCUCCUAUAAUUCUAUAUCCAAAGUAACGUUUUCUGAUUACAAACAAAAAUGUUAUUGAAGUUUUAUCAUAACAGGGUAGAAUGUACAAAUGUGACAAAAAAAGAACAAUUCUGUCAGAGUGUGGAAAAUAAUUACGGAGAUAAAGAGUUAGUACAGUGUAGGACUAAUAGUACUACUAGACUUCUAGAUUCACAUGCAGAGCAAUAAUUAGUUAGCUGCUCCCUAUCAUUUAAUUACAUCUGACUGUUCCCUUUAGAAAUAUUUUGACUUGACUCUUGUUCAGUUCAACGUGUGAUAUUUAAACAUUUCCAAGUCUCAACUUGUUUUCAAUAUUAUUUAUCCGACAUAUCCAAUGAUUUGUUGACAUGAUAACAAAGAACAUUCUUUGUUUUGGUAGGAUUUUAAAUUUCUUUGUUCUAUUGAACAUGGACUAACCAGUAGAAAUAUUGUCCCAUUCCACUCAUUAGGAGACAUUCAAUGCUAAUGAUUAGGCUUCUGAAAGUUGGUAAAGUUUCAAAGAUGAAGUGUAAUGGUAAUGUCCAGAUGUAAAUUGGAUAUACCUGCAAAUGUUUAACUGUCUUGUAGUUCUAGUCACUUUGCAUAAAAUAUUCUUAUUGUCAUUAAUGAAAAGUUAUUUUAAGUAAAUUAAUUAAUUUUACAUGACAAUUAAAAUUGACCUUUUAUUUCUACUUCCUGUGAGCCAAUGAUUUCUGUGGGCUGCCAUGUUUCAGCUGUUUUGAGAUGAAUUGUUUUAAUCUUCUAUAUGUCCCAUAAUCUCCUUGCUGGGGUUAUAUAGCUCUAUUUCUUUCAAAAUCUCAUGAUGUAUCCAACUUAUAUAUACACUGUCUCAGCUUGUGGCUUCUUGACAUUAUAUACAAAGUAGCCUUCACUUGAUAGCAUGACAUGUAUUUAUGUGAUAGUUUCAGGCUUGUUUUAUUGAAUCUUGUAAUGAAAACACAUUUUAUUUUUAAAUUGUAUAUGAUUUUUUUUUUGUUAGUAGUCUCAAAUGUUUUUAUUUUAUGACAUAUCUUAUGCUUCAUUUUGCCAUGUUUUUUUUUUUGUCCUUUUUAAAACACAUGGCUAAAUAGUUGAGUUUUUUGCUCUGGUGUUUAUUAUGUUUAAGACUGGGGACAGUAUUUGGAUGUGCUCACGCAACUAGGGGGUAAUGAGCCAGAUCACUCAACUAACUGAGAUGUACUUAAUUACCAGGGUCAGCAACAGGCAAUGUAUGUCCUCAAGUUAAUUGACAGCUAGCUGAGACACAUUGUGUGCAAACACACACAUACAGUCACUAAUGUCUACAUUUGUUCAGUACACACACGCACACGUACACAGCCAGGGACACAACACUUAACACAGUCACACUUGGUUCCUAUGUAUGUGUGUGAGUGAAGCCCCAAGAGCACUGUCUCAAGCAAUAUGUCUGAGAGCCUCAAAGACUGUAUUAAUAUUUGAAUUUUGUUCUUUUUCUCUAACUUAAUAAUUGUUUUUUUUUUUUUUACAUUUUCUGUUUCUCAUUGUUUUGUAAAUACUUACAGAGGUUUAAUAAUAGGUGCAUAUGUCUAUUCUAACCUCUAGUCCUUUAUGUUGUAGUUAGAAAUAUAGAUAGACAUGUUUUUUUCUUUUAUCUCUAGUCCAUCAUACAGUUUAUAAAUAUUAGUUGACAUUUCUUUUAUCUCUAGUCCAUCAUACAGUUUAUAAAUAUUAGUUGACAUUUCAUUUAUCUCUAGUCCAUCAUACAGUUUAUAAAUAUUAGUUGACAUUUCUUUUAUCUCUAGUCCAUCAUACAGUUUAUAAAUAUUAGUUGACAUUUCUUUUAUCUCUAGUCCAUCAUACAGUUUAUAAAUAUUAGUUGACAUUUCUUUUAUCUCUAGUCCAUCAUACAGUUUAUAAAUAUUAGUUGACAUUUCAUUUAUCUCUAGUCCAUCAUACAGUUUAUAAAUAUUAGUUGACAUUUCUUUUAUCUCUAGUCCAUCAUACAGUUUAUAAAUAUUAGUUGACAUUUCUUUUAUCUCUAGUCCAUCAUACAGUUUAUAAAUAUUAGUUGACAUUUCUUUUAUCUCUAGUCCAUCAUACAGUUUAUAAAUAUUAGUUGACAUUUCUUUUAUCUCUAGUCCAUCAUACAGUUUAUAAAUAUUAGUUGACAUUUCUUUUAUCUCUAGUCCAUCAUACAGUUUAUAAAUAUUAGUUGACAUUUCUUUUAUCUCUAGUCCAUCAUACAGUUUAUAAAUAUUAGUUGACAUUUCUUUUAUCUCUAGUCCAUCAUACAGUUUAUAAAUAUUAGUUGAAAUUUCUUUUAUCUCUAGUCCAUCAUACAGUUUAUAAAUAUUAGUUGACAUUUCUUUUAUCUCUAGUCCAUCAUACAGUUUAUAAAUAUUAGUUGACAUUUCUUUUAUCUCUAGUCCAUCAUACAGUUUAUAAAUAUUAGUUGACAUUUCUUUUAUCUCUAGUCCAUCAUACAGUUUAUAAAUAUUAGUUGACAUUUCUUUUAUCUCUAGUCUAUUAUAUUAUUCAGUUAUAAAUGUCAGUUGAGAUUUCUAAUCUCUAGUCUGUUAUACAGGCUGUUUAAAAAACAAUGUGCCAAAAUCAUCACUUGUUUAUUAAUUAGAAAAGCAAUAAUCAGAUCAUUGUAUGGAAUUAGUUGUCAUUAGAUACAGGAGUUAUCCUUGUUUAACUGGGUGUCAAUUUCAUCUUGUUGAUUUAGAUUUGUCUUAAAAGUAAAAUCCCUUGUUUAUUUACCCUCAACAUGGCGACCCCUCGUUUUGUGUGCUUGAGUUUGCAAAAAUAAAUGCCAUUGUCUCAGUACAACUUUUAGGACAGAAUUAUGUCUGUACUGUUGCUAGUAAAAAUCAGUGACAUGAAAGAUUGAAUAACAGCUGCAAUCAACACAGUGGACGGGGGACAUCCUGAAGCACGUUUGGGAUGAAUUUUCAUAUCCGCUUGAUGUCCAUUUGUAUGCAUGAAAUAAAAAACUUGAAGUUUUAUACCAUACUUGUCUCCAGCUUGGUAUCAAUUUUUAAAAUUAUUUUUGUAAUAUAACGCAAUGGUUUUGGCGCAUUCUUUUUUUAAUCAUCCUGUAGUAUACAGUUACAAAUGCUGAUUGACAUUUCUUUUCUAAUCUCUAGUCUAUUAUAUUAUACAAUUAAAUUUUUUUUUUAUAUUCUAUCAGUUGAUAUUUCUUAUUUCUAGUCUAUUAUACAAUACAGUUAUAUCAGUUGAUAUUUCUUAUUUUUAGUCUAUUAUACAAUACAGUUAUAUCAGUUGAUAUUUCUUAUUUCUAGUGUAUUAUACAAUACAGUUAUAUCAGUUGAUAUUUCUUAUGUCUAGUCUAUUAUACUAGACAGUUAUAAAUAUUAGUUGAUAUUUCUUAUUUCUAGUCUAUUAUACUAGACAGUUAUAAAUAUUAGUUGAUAUUUCUUUAAAUAUUAGUUGAUAUUUCUUAUUUCUAGUCUAUUAUACUAGACAGUUAUAAAUAUUAGUUGAUAUUUCUUGUUUCUAGUCUGUUAUACUAGACAGUUAUAAAUAUUAGUUGAUAUUUCUUAUUUCUAGUCUAUUAUACUAGACAGUUAUAAAUAUCGAUUGGCAUUUCCUUUCUAAUCAGUAGUGUUUGAUAUUAUACAAUCAUAUAUACAAUCUAUACUGGUUGUUACUUCUUUACUUAUGUCUUAUAUUCUAAAAGUUCUAAAUAUUGGUCAAUAAUUCGAUUCUAAUCUCUAGUCUCUUAUAUUCUACUGUUAUAAAUAUUGGUCAAUAAUUCGAUUCUAAUCUCUAGUCUCUUAUAUUCUACUGUUAUAAACAUUGGUCAAUAAUUCGAUUCUAAUCUCUUAUAUUCUACUGUUAUAAACAUUAGUCAAUAAUUCGAUUCUAAUCUCUAAUCUCUUAUAUUCUACUGUUCUAAACAUUGGUCAAUAAUUCGAUUCUAAUCUCUUAUAUUCUACUGUUAUAAAUAUUGGUCAAUAAUUCGAUUCUAAUCUCUUAUAUUCUACUGUUCUAAACAUUGGUCAAUAAUUCAGAUGUAUCUCGACUAACUCUAGUCCACAACCACAGUUCUUUUAUUAUACUUUUUGUUUUUACAUUUUUUCAUAUUUGUACAUUUAAUUUUAAGAUAAUUCUGUGCUAGAGAUUUGACCUUACAAUAAUUCACCUGACUACACCACUUGAUGUUAUUUUCAUUUGGACUGUGUUUACUUUCCAGUGUCUACAUGCUUCAGUAUUGUGAUCAAUGUGACAUUUUAAUUUAUUUCAUAAAAACAAGGUGAUACUGCA